GGGCUGAUGAAUUAAUCAGAGAAUCUACGACGGCAGAGCUUAUUACAACUACAGAAUGUUUCAGUGGAAUUGCCGUGUGAUCUUAUUAUAUUCGCUACACACGCGUCAAUACUCCUGUAUGAAUCCCUCGAAGAAGGUCCUUCAAGGGCACAUAUACGGAGUUACAUCAACAAGAUGUAGUAGAAGCAGACGGCAUGCAUUGUAUGGUGAUGGGCACCGUCAUUCAACUGCUCAGGAGUGGGAUCCUGUGCCACGACAGUACUUUGAGGCUGUGUGUGAGGGGUCAGAUUCGUUGGAGGCUGAUUCGAUCGCGCCUUUGCAAUUUCCUAGUGAGUGAAUGGUAAGCACUAUGUUUCGUGGGAGCGGCUAUGCGUAAAGUUUCGUAUGCGCUGGAUUUAUUCCUGGGGGUGAAAACACUUUUUUCUUUCUCUUUUCCGGUUUACUAUUCUGUCUAUAAACACUCCUCUUCUCUUCUCAUCCUCUUGAGCUUUCACACGUUUGUUUGCGCAUUCGAAAAAUCUAUCGUUCAGUAUGAACACUAACGCUCGUCGAAGAGGUGCGAAAGUCGCGCCAUCCCACUAUCCGCGCAUCGCAUUCCAUGGAUUACGUUUUGCACAAUUGAUUUCGGCGACGAUUGUGGGAGGGAUCAUGGCAUACUUCAUGUAUUAUUUGCGAGCUGAGCGGAUCCCAAUUCCAUGGACUUUUAUUGUACUCUUCUCAAUAUCGCUCGCGAUGAUCGCUGUCCUAAUCCUUACGAUUAUUCUCUAUAACUUUACAUAUUUGUCGCCAAAAUUCAAUUGUUUGCUGAAUGGUACGGCGUCGAUUUUCUGGAUGUUGGGCUUUGCAUUGUUGAGUUGGAAUCUCAGUAAUACGCUGAAGAAAAGUUGUGAUCUGCAGACUUGGAGAAGUGGUGUAGCAAUCAGCGUCUGUAGGGAAUACAAGGCUCUAUGGGCGUUUACUUUGGUUGGGACCUUUUCUACAUUGGCGGCACUAGCCUUGGACAUUUGGACGCACAGGAAGACCACAGAGAGAGGCGUUUAUGUUUUGCCCGAGGAUGACAAAAACGCGGCCAUGUUGAAGGAUAUGAAUGGUAAGAACAGUCAGACCAAGGGGUAUGAACCCAGUCGGGGAGGAGCCUUUGAAGAGGAAAUCGACAUCGCUUACCACAAUCGAUAUGGUGAUGACGCGUUGGAAAGUGUGGGAUAUCAUGACAGAGUGCUUCACAAAUAAUUGAGGUGAGAAUACGGUGUAAUGAGGAUGGUUAGAUAGGAAAGAGGUUGUGUGGCUACUGCGCAGCUUAACUCAUGAAUACUAAAUUGCAUAACUCCA